CUGAGGAAAAGAAAGAGAAGAGAGAGAAAACAAAUUUCCUUCGUUUUCCGAGAAAAAGGAAGAAAACGCUGACAAACACAGAUCCGUGAAUUCGAACGAAGCGGGAUUCAUUCGUUCGUUCGUUUGUUCGUUCAUUGAUUGAUCAAUCGAUUGAUCGAUUCCAAUUCAUGUGAAAAUGGGUUUGCGAUGUUGAAGCGUGGGUUGAAAAUACGCGAUGGAAAGGGAAAAGUGGAAAGAGAAUUGCAAUAUCAAUAGCAAUAACAAUGGUAACACCAAUGGAUACUUUUACGAUAGGUUUGUGUGUGAUGAUUACGACGGAGAGGUACCCAGCGCAGAACGUAGUCCUGCUAAGCCUUCUUCGCUGUCUUCUUCGCCUCCCAGACUUGGAUACAUUGAACACCAUGUUUCCAAAUACGAUACAUUGGCUGGUGUCGCUAUCAAGUAUGGUGUUGAGGUUGCAGAUGUCAAAAGGUUGAAUAGCCUUGUUACAGACCAUCAAAUGUUUGCUCUUAAAACUCUCCACAUUCCGCUACCUGGAAGACACCCUCCAUCUCCUUGUUUAUCAAAUGGUUCCAGUACUCCUGGAUAUUCAGAUCACAAUUCUCCUACUACUCAGGCACACCAUGAUCUGCUUGAUUCAUUCCCAUCACUGAAAAUGAAGUCAUCUGAACGGAAGGUCUCACUAGCCAUGAGCUCAUUACAGGGUUACUAUGGACUUAAAGGAUCCUCAACUCCCUCAGAAGAUGGUUACUUCAGAAACUCACCUACGUCUGACAGACCUCUCAGCCAUCACCGGAAAUCUAAAAGCUUGGUCAAUGUAAUUUUGGAAGAGAUUAUGGAAAAAUCAAAUGAGACAUCAGCUGCAUUAACCAGGGAAGUUGACUCCAGUAAAUGGAAUUACAAUCUUGUCCAGAGACGUCAGAAAUCUGUAGCGGACUUUACCAGGAUACCAGAGCUGCUUCUGAGGGAGGAUAAUAGCAGCCCUGGUGUUCUUCCAUCAAGAACUGGAAUGGGCUUAGCUCUUAGACAGAAAGCAGCUAGCCGAACUAAUUUGGCAUCUGAUUCUGAUCAAAACGGUUCGAGUCCUGUGGCAAUGGGUAUGGUGGAUACUACACUAAAUGAAGGUUCAUCCAGGGUGAGGAAAUCAUCAAGUACGUCCUGUUUACAUGAUCAAGAUAACAGUGGCUCCUCAUCCAUUUGGUCAACCUCAAUGCAGGCCCUCUCAACUGCAGCCAUCGGAAAACCAAUCUUUGAUGGCCUGCCCAAGCCAUUAACUGGUCGAAAAAAUAAAGCUGCACUUGAUUAAUGUAUAGUGUCCAUAUCAAACACAAUUUUGACCCCAUUUGAGAGGUUAUGGAAUCAUUAGCUGCUACACCAGUGGGUAGAUUGGAGGAAGUAAAACAAUGUAGAAAUGACAUAAACAAAAUCAAAUAUCACAUGUAUUUCUUCGAAUAGGGGCAUUAUUUUUAUGCCAGAAAAUACUUCAAUUUAUUUAUUUAAUUUUAAAUGUC